ACCCCCACCCCACCUCCCAUUCUGAAGCCCAAGAAGAAACCAUCCAAGCCCAAGCGGCCCCCAAAGAAGGAGAAGUCCAAGGCGGUGAAGACAGUGAAAACACCAGUGAAACAGCCCACACCACAACCCGAGCCACAGCCUGUCAUGCUGCCACCCAAGAGCCUUACACCUCCGCCCCCACCUGAACCGGAACCAGUCAAAAUCCCGACCCCAGAGCCUCCCAAACCACCCAAGGUUAUUGAGUUGCCUCCUUUGCCCACUGUCGUUGAUCCUGAACCAGAAGUUGAAUCUGAAAUAAGUGAAGUCGUGCCCUCCAGCUCUCCAGAGCCUGAGGAGUCAGAUCCCAACCCUUCAGUUGCCUCUCUAGCCUCCAGCCCCCCGCCUAGCACCCCAGCUCCCCCUCCCCUCCCCAGCUCACCCGCUGAGAGAGACAUGUCCUUGGCCCAGGAGCUGGAGCGACAGCGGCUGGCCGAGGAGAGGCACCGCAAGGCCAUGAUGAUGUAUGAGAUGCUUAGGUCCAAACAGCCCAUACCAGCGGCUAGGAUGGAGGAGGGCGAAAGCAUCAAAGAAUAUGGAUGGCUGGCACAAUUCUGCAUCCUCAAACCGGAGAAGUUGAAGAUGUACAGCAUGGCCUUUGAAACUGUCGACGAGAAUCAUAAGGGCUGGUUGUCCUGUUUUGAUACACUGAUUGCUCUGAAAGGAAUCACUGGUACCCAGAACCUUACAGAGAAAGAGGAAGAGUACAUCUGCCGGAUUCUGGAGAUUGCUGAUUACAACAUCAUGGAGGGGUCUGACUUCCGUAUAUUCUCGGUGAUGGCAGGCUUGUCACAAAAGAUUGCUUCCGUUGAUUCAUGGGUUCGAAACCUGAUCCAGAAAUUUGAUCUUCAGAUGUUGGACUGGAAAAUGUAUCGUGGCAAGGAACUGUUUGAGUGGUGUAUUGACGAGUCGUCCAGUCGUCUCUCGGUCCCCCGACUCCUGAUUGAAUUGCGUGCGGGCGGGGUCAGUGACGAACACCUGGACGAAGUCCGGGACAAAUUCGGGGAGGAUGGGAUGCUAGACUUGCUCGAUUUCCUGACGUACUUGCCCUUGUUCAUCAUGACACAUGAGUCAGUGGUCUGUAACCCCCUAAGUGAUGUGAGAGACAAGUGAUGCAACCCGUGUUGCUUAGGUACUCAGACUGCUUUUCACAAAAUACAGUCGAUUGCAAUUGCCAGACUUUACUCCCCAAACAAGUUGUGUUGUAAAGUCCAGCACUGUGGAUUUAUCCCAUUUUAGACAAGGUCAUGACUGCUUGACCAGAUUACGUCUUUGUGGAUGUUAAAGUGGGGAAAAACAGGUUUGUGGGAGCUGCCAUUUUUUUGACUUCGUACAGGAAAAGUGGUGCUACAAGUGUGACUAUUAACUGGAUUCCCAUUACCAAGGAAACACUUAAUGCACUCACUGACCGGCACAAAUGAGAUAUGCAGAGCUCUGAUUUUCCUCAGAAUGCACGCAAAGUGUCUAUCCUCAUCAAAAAGAGGAUGUGUGCAUGGCAUCCACAGGGUAGAGGAGGCCAGGUUUUAUCUGACCUCUGGCAACUCCAUGAAUACAGUCAUUGUAAUAUUGAUGAUUUAACCAAAAAACAGGGCUUUUUCCAUAAAACAAACUGCAUUCCAUUUCAGUGACACACCACUGUUACGCAAAGCAAACUUUUUUCUCUUUUAUGUGCAUGUUUUUUUGAUGCUUGCUUUUAAACUAAAGGAGAAGAAAUUUUCACUUGUCAGCCUUGUCCAUAUCUCUAUGGAAAUGCUGCUCUUGCUUCCACAGUUUCAAAUAAGAAGUUCCUGUAAUCUGCAAAAUGCCUUAUUUCUUUACUCGGGAAAUGAUGGAACAGUUAAAAGCUGGUUGCCACUGAUGUCCCUGCGUAACAUAUGUGCGUUAAUAAGUGCAUGCACACUCUGUGUCAGCUCCAAAGGGAAGCUGUUACUUCUUUAUAAUGAAACACUCACCAUGCCCUUAAAAAGGAGUGAUCGGUAGUGAAAUUACUAGCCAGGAGAAAAGACUUUCUGGAAACAUUGUUUCAUGUCACUUUUUCACACAAGCAUGCAUAUAGUGCAAGAAAAAAUGUAAAUUGUUGAUACCAUAUUGCUUUUUAUGAUUGUAUAUAGUACAUUAAAAGAUAUGUAAAUGCUGGUAUGCUGUAUUAUAUCACUUUUAUAUCCAAAACAUGUCUAUUCAGAUGAGUAUUGGAAAGAGUGUGAAAUUCUGUGAAUUGGAUUUGCUAUGUCACGAAAGGGAGCUUCUUUUCAGUAUUGAAGGAUACUGAAUAACAGGCAUUCUUUUGCACAAAAUCAAAAUCCGAACACCACUUGAAAUGUGUUAAUUGGUUAAAAAUUUCCAUCAGUCAGUAAACAAAAGAAAAUUAUUACAUAUCACAGUAGCUCUAUUAAGUGCAUUCAACAUUUGAUAAAUCAGUUCUGUUGAGCGAUUUUGCUAGCCUUAAAAUCAGAGACUUUUCCAUGAGAAACUCGAAUUAUGCAGGGACCAUCUGAAGGGAGUUUGACCAGACUUUCAGAAUUAAUAUUUUGAAUAAAAUAUUUCUGAAACUUUGGGGCCUUUUCUGUCAAAAAAUUUACUUAUGCAUAGGAUAUCUGAAGGGAUUUUGACCACACGUUGAAAUAAAUGUUUGAAUCAAACGAUUUUUGUA